AUGAAGUUCAUCUUCCUUCUGUCCCUUAUCCCUAUCGCCCUCUCACUUCCCCAGCCCCAGCCUUCCUCCCAACAUUCAAUCAAUCCUCCACCACACGUUCAAAAUUUUAUCAAGAAACGAGCAUUCGGUGCUGGAGAUUCGGGAAUUCAAGGAACUAGCGUAGCGAGUGAGAAAGAUACAUCAACACUCACCUCUUUGAUCAUGUUUCAACCUUCCUCCGAACCCACCACCACCGUAACCGGUACAACCCCUGUACCUUCCGCCGCUUCAUCUUCCUCAACUUCUGACGAAGACGAUCAGAUCGUCUCACCAUUCCAUCCUUCCACCAACGAUGAUGAUGAAGAAGAACAAACCGAUGAUUCCGUACAAACCCUCGGACAAGGUCAAAGUGCAGCUUUCAACCCUACUCCAUCUACUACACUUUCGCUGCUCACCAACAGUCUCGCUACAGCCAGUGCCACUGCGAAUAGUACGAAAUGGUCAACGACUGGAUCGACCAGUGCGGCUGUUGUAGCUGCUGCGUCCGAUACCGGAUCCUCUACCUCUGGGUCAUCAGAGAAGAUGAACGGGGUUGGAAAGGAUAGGAUUCUGAUCUUGGGAUUGUUGGGUGUGAUAGUUGCCUAUCUGGCUUAA